AUGGGUCUGCCCACCUCACGUGACCUACAUCUGGUAGCAUUGAACUGUGCCGUCAACAAAAACAGUGAAACUCCUCACAUGACUGCAAAGGAGGACUUGGUCCGAAUGUAUCCAGACAGGUUUGAAGGUAUUGGUCACUUCAAGGGAACAUUUCACAUAACUGUAGACCCGUCCGUCCCGCCAGUGGUGCACGCCCCACGACGAUGUCCGAUUCACCUGCGAGAUGAGCUCAAGAAGGAACUUGACGGUAUGGUGAAGUCAGGAGUCAUCACUAAGGUCACUGAGCCCACAGACUGGGUCAGUAGUCUGGCGUACAGUCGGAAGUCAAACGGCAAACUCAGGGUGUGUCUUGAUCCGAAGGACCUUAACGAGGCGAUAAAACGCCCGCACUAUAAGACGCCGACACUUGAAGAGAUCACCCACAAAUUCGCGGGAGCAACCACUUUCUCCAAGUUGGACGCUCGCCACGGAUAUUGGUCAAUAGAACUUGACAGCGAAUUAAGUUGCCUGACGACAUUUAACAACCCAUUUGGUCGAUUUUGCUUCCAGAGGUUGCCAUUUGGCCUGAAUGUCAGCCAAGAUGAAUUCCAGGAGUGCAUGGACAACAUACUGGAGCAGUGUCCGGGCACGACUGGAAUAGCGGAUGACGUUGCUGUAUUCGGGAAAGACCAAGCUGAUCAUGACGUCAAUCUGCACAACGUCAUGAGGGUAGCACAGGAGAGCGGACUCGUAUUCAACCCUGCGAGAUAA